UUCAGUCUCUCUUAUCGACAGUCAUACUCUCAAUGCCACUUUGAGUCUCUCUGGCGAAAACUCCUGCGAACUGAGUGCCACCACCGUCAUGUUCCGCCACGAUUUGCGACCGUAGUGCACAACCACCGUAUCCUCGUGCCAGUCGAUCUGAGCCUCAUCUGCUGCUUCGUUGUCUGCCAGAAGGGAAGAAGAACCCUAGCCUUCUACCGCCAAAUCUGUAUGUAUACGAGCCUACCGCGGUCACAACGUUGCUGUUUGGUGUUGUGAAAUCUCCGCAAAGUUGUAUGAAGAGGAACCAUUUGCAGCUGCCUCUAUUGCUCAAGUAAACCAUGUUGUGUUGAGAGAUCAUCAAGAAGUGGCUGUCAAGAUGUCACACCAACGUAAAAGAAAUAGAGGUAAAGGUAAAACAGUUACGGGUAGUCAUUCAGAAGCUGGCAUCUCACAACCGCCAUCGUUGCAUGCAUCAAUUAAUGAUCCGGAAGAAGGAAGUACAGCUGUAAUGGAAACACCACCUAAUCAAGUCCAUAGAGGGUCGGAGGACACUAACUCUGAGCGUACUCCCUCAAGUUCAAGGCCCAUAGAGCAUACUACUGAAGAGCCUAGCGAGCAUACUUCUGAUGCAGCUUCGGUGCGUAUUGAUGAAGCUGCUUUAGGUGGAGGAGAGGGUAUGCCAACAGAUUCACCGCCAAGAACGAUUCCAUCAGACCGAUUUACAACUUUUAUUCGCACAGUUGGCGGAGCUGCAUUUGAGCCUCAUACAGCACACCGUGAGAUCAUACUUUGUAUACAACGGAUGUUCACACAGCCAAUAAAAUCAUUUAAGUAUGCUCCUCAACAUUUGAAAGAUGUGUGGUUUAAUGAGUUUAGGAAAAAGCAUCGUUGGGAUCCAUUGGAGGAGGAUACUGUUCGCCGCAUCUUUCAAAAAAAAGGUGCAAAGUUGCUUUCAGACCAUCUUCGAGAAGCUCGUGAGGGCUUGGCAAAAAAUAGAACCAAACCAAACUGGAUUUCAGAUGACGUGAUGGCUGGCUUAAUUCGCAUUUGGGAGAGUGAGGAGUUCAAAAAGCUCUCCGAAAAAAACAAGAAGAAUAAAAAUUCAGACUGCGGCGGACUAGGUGCAUCACUUCAUAGUUGUGGUUCUAUUCCAAUGACUGAGCAUCGUAGAAGAUUGAAAGAAAAGUUGGGAGAAGAUCCAAGUCAUGCAGCCUUGUAUGAACACACUCAUAAGCGCAAAAAUGGAAAUGGAGCAUAUGUUUGUAGAAAAGCACAGAAAGUUGUUGAUACAGCAAAUGAUUUACAACAAACUCAGCCUGAUGUAUCGAAUGCACAGUUGUGGUUGGAGGCAACCGGCGGUGUAAAGAGAGGAGGCUAUGUAUAUGGGUUUGGCUCAGUUACUCAACAUUACUUCCCGGAGGCUUCAAGGGUAUCAAAUUCUAAAUCAGGAGUGUCAUCUUCCAAUGCAGCUUUGAUAGCAGAAAUUCAACAAAUGUGGGAAGAGAACAAGAUGUUUAGGGAAGAGAACAAGAUGUUCCGGGAGCAGGUUGAUAAGAUGGGUGCUAUAUUUUCACAGUUCAGUCCAAAUUCUGAAUGGUUAGCCUCCAUGAAUCUAAACAACUCUACUUCAACCAAUGAUGAAACACAAGCACCUAUUGAUGAAGAUUAAGCGGUAUAUAUUUUCAUGACUUUUUGUUGGUGUAUGGUAAUGUUCUUACUGCUAUGUAGUUUUUAGUGGUUAAGCACAAUAUAACUCCCUAACCUAGUAGUUAGUAAAGGUAGGUUUAAGUUUUUUUGGACAGUGCUAGCUAGCCUCUCUUUUGUUAUGAAGUCAUUAAGUUAGCACAUGUUUUUUUUGAUGGGAGAAACUCGUAUAUGCUUGUUCGUGUUCCUAACAUGUUUAUGGUGUAUGGAAAUAGCAUGUUGUUGGAAGUACUAUGAAUAUGACUAUAUUUUUGUUGUAAAUGUUUUUGAUGUUUAAAUAUAUUUUCAAAAGGUAUUAUGUGCUGCUGGAAUGACAAGGUGAUCUGUCGCUGCAGAUAGGAACCUUGUCAUGGUCAUGUGGAAAAAGAGAGAGAGUGAGUCUAGUAACAUUGGGGAUGAGUGGAGGGUGGUAUAAGGAAGGGGUAAGGCAAAAACAACAAUUUGUUUUUUUGCAGGUUCUGCUGAGAGGUUGGUGACAGUGGCAGUUACUGAGCUAGUGAGCUUUCUGGAAGACUGCAGCAGCAUUCAAGACUUUAAAAAUGGAGGAUGCUGCUUUGGGGAGGUUGAUCUCAUGCUUGGGAAAGGAUUCCUCUUGGAUGUUUGAUAAUGAUGCUGACCUGUGGGCUGUGAUCCACAGGGAUGAGGCUGUUGGAAACUGAUUGCAGCAGGAAUAGUAGAGAUGGAGCUUAGGCAGAGCUCUUGAUAUAAUUGAAGGAUGAUUGGAGGGGAUAUGGCCCCUAGAACAGUGGUAGUAUAAGGCGACUCUAACCUAGAUUUGUGACUGAUCUGCACUAUUGCUUAGUUGCAGAAAUGAAGUCUUGUAUGUUAUUUACUUGGCUUGCAGGUGGUUUAUGUUUAUGUGAUUGAAACUCAGCUGUGCAAAGGGAGACUUGAUUCCCCUAUUACUGACCCUUUUGUUUAUUUACU